AUGUCAUCACUAUCAACUUGGUAUGAAAGAUAUAAAGCUGAACAGGAAAGAAAACAAAGAAUUCUAGAUGGUUUAGAAGAUGAAGAGGAAUAUGAAGAUGAGGAGGAGGAUGAAGAAGAGGAAGAUGAAGAGUAUGAGGAAGAAGAUGAAAUAGAAGAAGAAAAUGAAGAAUUAGAGAAAGAAAAGCUUGAAAAAGAAAAAGCAGAAAAAGAGAAGCUUGAAAAAGAAAAAGCAGAAAAAGAAAAGCUUGAGAAAGAAAAAGCCGAAAAAGAAAAACUUGCAAAAGAAAAAGCCGAAAAAGAAAAACUUGCAAAAGAAAAAGCUGAAAAAGAAAAACUUGCAAAAGAAAAAUUAGAAAAAGAGAAGCUUGAAAAGGCUAAAAAAGAAAAGCUUGCAAAAGAAAAAUUAGAAAAAGAAAAGCUUGAAAAAGCUAAAAAAGAAAAACUUGAGAAAGAAAAAAUAGAGAAAGAAAAAAAUCAAAAAACGAAGGUUGAAAACGAAAAAAAUUCUACAAAUAAACAAAAUAUAAAGGGAAAACAAACUAAUCAGAAGGAAUCAUCUAAUGAUUUAAAAAAUAAGGAAGAUAGUAAAUUGAAAGAAAAAGAAAUUAAAAAACCCAUUAACACUAAGAUUGAAAAAGAAAAACCUGUUCCAAAACCAGAACAAUCUAAAAAUUCUACUAAAAAUGAAGAGGUAAAGACAAAAUUACCAUCAAAAGUAGAGUCACCUAAAGAAACAAUAAAGAAAAAAGAUAACAAGGUAGAAGAUAAAAAAGAAACUUCUAAAGAAGCAGUUAAGAAAAAAGAUGACAAGUUAGAAAGUAAAAAAGAAGUUUCUAAAGAAUCAGUUACAAAAAAAGACGAUAAAGUUGAAAAAAAGAAUGAAAUUUCUAAAGAAUCAGGUACGAAAAAAGAUGAUAAACUUGAAAAAAAGAAUGAAGUUUCUAAAGAAUCAGUAAAGAAAAAAGACGACAAACUUGGAAGUGCAAAAGUUUCUUCUAAAGAAACGACUAAGAAAAAAGAAGAUAAUUCAUCAAAUCUUUUGAAUAAAGAACCAUUGAAAAAUGGUACAAAAAAUGGAAAUGUUAAAUCAAAUGCACCAACAAAAAAUGUUAAAGAUUCUAAGACUGUUGAAGAUAAAGAAAAUACAUCAAUAGAUGAAGAAAAAGUGUUAUCAGAUGAAGAGUUGGAAAAAACAGAUGAGGACAAAGGUGAAGAAAAUGAAAAAGACGAAAAUAAUAAUAUCGAAAAUAAAAAAUGUAAAGAAACUCGUAAAACAGAAAUAAUUAAAGAUACUAACAUUAUACAAAAUAUGACUUUUUAUAAAGAGCAUAUUGAUUCUGUACAAAAAGAAUUAAAUGAUAUACCAAUGCCACCAAAAGAAAAAACAUUAUGUGAAAUAUUAAAAGAAGAAAGAGUAUCACCAACAAAAAGAUAUGCAAGAAGAGUUAGAGAAAAUCAAAUUAAACUUCCAAUGGAUUUACCAUUUGAACAAAGACCAGCAAGAGAAUCUCAAGUUGGUAUGGGUGCAUUUGGAGAUCGAAGAAAUGCAUCAUUAAAAAUAAAACAUGGUGAUAAAGAGUUGAUACAAGGUUUAGUACAUUCAGAAACAGUUAUUCCUUUACUUUCAUCAACAACAUCAGAAAUGGCAUCACAAAGUGGAAUGAAAUCAUUUGGUUUUGGUAGGCCUAUUGUUGAUAAAGUUCAUGAUUCACAUAAAUAUGGUUCAGAUAAUAAAGUUUUUUUGUCAAAUUCAAUUAUACCAUUAUUUGCCAAAGGAACUAUAUGUGAUAAAAGAUUAUCAUCACCAAUUGGUACUACUCGUUCACAAAUAACAAGUGUCACCUGUUCUACAGGUAAUGCCACAAUUUUUGAUAGAAAAAGUAAUGGUUUCCUAAGUAAAAUAUUUGCCCCAACAAGUCAUAAAGCUGGCAGUUGUGUUAUUGAUAAACCAAGACAAAUUGUAUCAAAAAUUCAAGGAACAAAUAUACCUUUAAUAUUACCAUCACGUGAAUCAGAAUCAAUUGUACCAAUGUUAUUUGAUGCUUCAGUUCAAGAAAAAAAAAGUGGUUCAGAAUUUGGAUCAUUUCGCCCAUUAUAUGUGGAAUCUGAGGGUGGUUAUGGUAUGACACUUGAUGAAGAAAUUCGCUGUAAACUAGUACUUCCUUAUCAAACUCGUGGUCUUACAGGAGAUGAAUAUUAA